ACGAAUAAUAAGCUGUCCUUCUUUGGGCUGCCUGAUCGUCCCUCGAAAUCAUCAUCGAGCACCUGGGUUGGCUGUGCAGUCGUUGGCCUUCCUUCCCCUCGACGAGUCCGUCACUCUUCAAGCAUACCUUUUUCUUUCAAUAUAAAUUCUAUCCUACUACUCACCAUUUCAUUUCUCUUCCCUUCACUUUCAUCGCUAUCCCCAAAUUUCUCUUUUGUUCUCUCCAUGGAGGCCUCUACUGUUCUCUCUCGCAUCGGGCUGGCGGGCCUCGCCGUUAUGGGCCAAAACCUGGCCCUAAACGUCGCCGAAAAAGGCUUCCCGAUCUCCGUCUACAAUCGUACAACGUCCAAGGUUGACGAAACUCUAGAACGUGCCCACCGUGAGGGCGAGCUGCCUUUGACCGGCCACUACUCUCCCCGUAACUUUGUGCUCUCCAUCCAACGCCCCAGAUCUAUUAUCAUCUUAGUCAAAGCCGGUUCCCCUGUUGACCAAACCAUCGCCGCGCUAUCCGAGCACAUGGCUCCGGGCGACUGUAUUAUCGACGGCGGUAACGAGUGGUACCAAAACACCGAGCGUCGCAUCGAAGAAGUUAGCCAUAAAGGGUUGCUUUAUCUCGGCAUGGGCGUGUCGGGAGGCGAAGAAGGCGCGCGUAACGGCCCGUCGUUAAUGCCUGGCGGGUCCUUUGAAGCGUACAAUAACGUUAAAGAUAUUUUACAGAAAGUGGCUGCUCAAGUUGAGGACGGGCCGUGUGUUACAUACAUAGGUGAAGGCGGUUCUGGUAAUUUUGUGAAAAUGGUUCAUAACGGAAUCGAGUACGGAGAUAUGCAGUUGAUUUCUGAAGCUUACGACGUGUUGAAACACGUAGGAGGGUUAAGUAACAGCGAGUUGGCGGAGAUAUUUGCGGAGUGGAACAGGGGUGAAUUAGAGAGUUUCUUGAUUGAGAUAACUGCCGAUAUUUUUAAAGUAAAGGAUGAGUUGAGUAAUGAGGGUGAGCUUGUCGAUAAGAUUUUGGAUAAGACUGGAAUGAAGGGGACGGGUAAGUGGACAGUGCAGCAAGCUGCGGAGCUCGCUGUGGCUGCCCCAACGAUUGCGGCUUCAUUGGAUUGCAGGUACCUAAGUGGUUUGAAGGAAGAGAGACAGAAAGCUUCUGAGGUUUUGAAAGAGGCUGGGUUGAAGGACGGAGUGCAAAAUGUUGGAAUAAAUGUUGAUAAGAAGAGGCUAAUUGAUGAUGUUAGACAAGCUUUGUAUGCUUCCAAGAUUUGUAGCUACGCCCAGGGGAUGAACUUGUUGAGGAGUAAGAGUGAUGAGAAAGGCUGGAAUUUGAAUUUGGGUGAAUUGGCUAGGAUUUGGAAAGGUGGGUGUAUCAUAAGAGCUGUGUUUUUGGAUAGGAUUAAGAAAGCUUGCCAAAGGAAUCCGAAUUUGGCGAGUUUGGUUGUGGACCCCGAGUUUGCAAGGGAGAUGGUGCUGAGGCAGGCGGCAUGGAGAAGAGUUGUGGGGAUGGCGAUUUCAGCUGGGAUAAGCACGCCAGGGAUGUGUGCUAGUCUUUCCUAUUUUGAUUCCUAUAGGAGAGCAAGGUUACCUGCCAAUCUUGUUCAGGCUCAGAGGGACUUGUUUGGGGCUCACACUUAUGAGAGGAUUGAUCGCCCCGGGGCAUUCCAUACCGAAUGGACCAAACUUGCUCGUAAGAGUGGCGCUGGUGUUGGUGCGUUCAACUGAGCUCCUGCUGGUGAUUUAUUUUUCAUUUUCGGUUGUAUGCUUCAAUUGAUUAAUAAGAAAUGCUUGCUUUCUUCA